AUGUUGUAUCUUCCCAGCAAUGGGCAGGAUUCAAAGCUCCGGAUAAUCACCAAAUCACCUGAGUCUGCCAACAUCCAACAUAAGGAGCGAUGGCUACACUUCGCAACGGAGGCCAUCUAUUUUGAGGAUUUUGAGAGACUCGCCCUCAACCUCACAUUUGAACACCAUGCCGACUGGGUUCCGGUUGUUAUGUACUUGCUAGAUGACAUCAAAGAUAACCAUGAAUGUUCUCCGGCCUACGGAAGUUACAUUCGGCCAGGAACUGUCGUCAGAUGCGAUGGAACUGAACGACACCACCGCGACAAGCCCGACGUGUCUGCUACAUUUAUCUCCUUUCCCUUCUUUGACGUUGGUGAAGGAAAACCGCUUGACGUGCCCAUAGAAGACUCACUUCAUUUGAUCAGAAGUCUGUUCCAACAGUUCUAUCCACAGGAACUUACUUAUGACCGAGAUGAUGAUCAACAGUUCCGAAGAUUCAGGCAAGCCAAGCCUUGCCAGUACUUGCGUACACCUCAGCUUUGGAUACUGGCGUUGAACUCUACAACAAUCAUCACAUGUGGACCGACAUCCUUUGCACAUAUGUUUGGGGACUUCGUCGAGAUAAUCGCAGAGAACAGUCUUCUAACCACGGGUCCAAGUCUAAUCUAUGUAACCGACUUCUACAAGCGUGUUACCCAUCUGCCCUCAGAUCAGUGCAGGUCGUUUCUCGCACUUAGACAGAGUAUCCAAGAGAAAUGUUUCUCGAAGACCAACGACCAUAUCGACAACUGUCUUUUAUACUUGGGCGAGAGUAAAGCUGAGCUUGACCCUGGAUAA